CUGAGGAACCCAAGAUGGCGGUGUACUGACUGUUGAAGCUCUAAUUUUGAAAAAUAAAACGGUAGGAGCGAAAGCGAAAAGUAGUUCCGUUGAAGACGUCUACCAAUAGGCACUUCAAUAAUUGAACCGGGUUAAUUUUUUAAAUAUUUUGACAUGCUGGGAAAGGAGCGGCGAGAGGCUUGUCCCUCCACGGCCCGAGAACUGAUCAACAUGGCGGAAUACUCGUCCAAGGUAUAGCUAGCUGAAUAGCAAGCUACUUGAUAAAUAGCAGGGUUGUCUACACAUAGCAUUUAGCUCGCAUUGAAAUUAAUUGGAGCGGACGCAUCCGUAAAACACCUAUAAUGUGCUCUAAUUCUCAUAAGGUUGCGUUUUCACAUUUACAAGAAAAUGCAAUGAUAAACAGCGAGGGCGUCCGAAAAUCCUCCCGUAGUGCUCCGAAGAUCUCGUCCCCUUCUUUCCGAUUCAACUGACAACAACUCCAUCCCAGCUAGCUAGCUCGUUAGCCGGGGGCCAGUCAUUGUUCACUUUGAACCCGGAAUAUAAUUAUUGUUUUUUGUCAGUCGAGGGCUAUUCUGGUUAAAUAAGUUGUGGUUGAAUAUAGGAAUGGCGAAAGCUAAAUUACCUAGAUAAAAUAUAAAGAGCGUGGUUAGCUAGGUACCAAGCUAGCUAGCUAGCCGCUCCUCUGAGUCUUGUACGAGAACAAGGCUUGCCUGCUCUGUCGUUGUCUGGAGGUGGACUGAGUUAGCGUUAGCCGCCGUUAGCCACUCUGUCCUACCCGGUCGCCGGCCCGCCGUUAACGUCACGCUCCGAUUCGGGGAGGCGCGCGAGGUCGGGCGUGUUACCCGCGAACGUUUUCGGGUGUGCGAGCGGGCGCCAGGGCUUGCAGCAUGACUGACACCCGCCGGAGAGUGAAGGUGUACACCCUCAACGAGGACCGGCAGUGGGACGACCGCGGCACCGGCCAUGUGUCGUCCGGCUACGUGGAGAGGCUCAAAGGCAUGUCCCUGCUGGUGCGUGCCGAAAGCGACGGCUCCCUUCUGCUGGAAUCUAAAAUAAACCCCAACACUGCUUACCAGAAGCAACAGGACACGCUGAUAGUGUGGUCGGAGGCUGAGAACUAUGACCUGGCUCUCAGCUUUCAGGAGAAGGCCGGCUGUGACGAGAUAUGGGAGAAAAUAUGCCAGGUCCAGGGCAAGGACCCGUCGGUGGACAUCACCCAGGAGCUGGUGGACGAGUCGGAGGAGGAGCGUUUCGACGACAUGUCGUCGCCGGGCCUGGAGCUGCCACCCUGCGAGCUGAGCCGGCUGGAGGAGGUGGCGGAGCUGGUGGCGUCCUCGCUGCCCUCCCCGCUGCGGCGCGAGAAGCUGGCCUUGGCCGUGGAGAAUGAGGGCUACAUUCGCAAGCUCCUGGAGCUCUUCCACGUCUGCGAGGACCUGGAGAACCGGGAGGGGCUGCACCACCUCUACGACAUCAUAAAGGGAAUCUUCCUUCUCAACCGGACUGCCCUCUUCGAGGUCAUGUUCUCCGAGGAGUGCAUUAUGGACGUGAUCGGGUGCCUGGAGUUUGACCCCUCCUUACCCCAGCCCAGGAGACACAGGGAGUUCCUGACUAAGACUGCGAAGUUCAAGGAGGUCAUCCCCAUAUCAGACCCUGAACUCAAGCAGAAAAUCCACCAGACGUACCGAGUUCAGUACAUCCAGGACAUGGUCCUCCCCACCCCCUCCGUCUUUGAGGAGAACAUGCUGUCUACUCUCCACUCAUUUAUCUUUUUUAAUAAAGUGGAAAUUGUGGGAAUGUUGCAGGAUGAUGAGAAAUUCCUGACAGACCUCUUUGCACAACUGACUGACGAAGCGACGGACGACGACAAGAGACACGAGCUGGUAAAUUUCCUGAAGGAAUUUUGUGCUUUUUCUCAAACGUUACAACCUCAGAACAGAGACGCCUUCUUCAAAACAUUGUCAAAUAUGGGCAUCCUACCAGCGCUGGAAGUCAUUUUGGGGAUGGAUGAUGUCCAGGUGCGCAGUGCUGCUACUGAUAUCUUCUCCUAUCUGGUGGAGUACAACCCUUCCAUGGUACGGGAGUUCGUGAUGCAGGAGUCCCAGCAGAAUGACGAUGAUAUCCUCCUGAUCAACUUGAUCAUCGAGCACAUGAUCUGCGACACGGACCCGGAGCUGGGCGGGGCCGUGCAGCUGAUGGGGCUGCUGCGGACGCUGGUGGACCCCGAGAACAUGCUCGCCACCGCCAAUAAAACGGAGAAAACGGAGUUCCUCAGCUUCUUCUACAAGCACUGCAUGCAUGUCCUCUCGGCCCCCCUGCUGGCCAAUACCACGGAGGAGAAGCCCAGCAAAGAUGACUUCCAGACAUCGCAGCUGCUGGCGUUGAUUCUGGAGCUGCUGACGUUCUGCGUGGAGCACCACACCUACCACAUCAAGAACUACAUCAUCAACAAGGACAUCCUGCGCAGGGUGCUGGUGCUCACCGCCUCCCGGCACGCCUUCCUGGCCCUCUGUGCACUCCGCUUCAUGAGGAAAAUAGUCGGCUUGAAAGACGAAUUUUACAACCGCUACAUCAUGAGGAACUUCCUGUUCGAACCGGUGGUGAAAGCCUUCCUCAACAACGGAUCCCGCUACAACCUCAUGAACUCGGCCAUCAUCGAAAUGUUCGAGUACCUCCGAGUGGAGGAUAUGAAGUCUCUGACGGCUCACGUGGUGGAGAACUACUGGAAGGCGCUGGAGGAUGUGGACUACGUGCAGACCUUCAAAGGGCUGAAACUGCGCUACGAGCAGCAGCGGGAACGGCAGGACAACCCUAAACUGGACAGCAUGCGCUCGAUCCUGCGUAACCACCGUUACCGGCGCGACACGCGUACGCUGGAGGACGAGGAGGAGAUGUGGUUCAAUGCGGACGAGGACGACCUCGAGGACGGCGAGGCCGUCGUGCCGCCCUCGGACAAAACGAAGAGCGACGACGACCUCAUGGACCCCAUCAGCAAGUUCAUGGAGCGGAGGAAGCUGAAAGACACAGAGGAGAAGGAGGUCCUGGGCAAGACCAGCCUGACAGGCCGCCAGAGUCCCAGCUUCAAGCUGUCCUUCUCCAGCGCCCCCAAACCCGCCCUCACCACACCGCCAUCCGCCAGCCACCACCCGGGGUCACCGGGGUCACCAGGUGCCAUCGCAUCGCUGGGAAUCGCGGCCAAGAGCUCCCCGCCGACGACUGCUGUCACCACCAAGGGGGGUCUGGUUGGGCUUGUCGACUACCCCGACGAUGACGAGGAGGAUGAGGACGACGCGGAGAACAAGGAGAGUCUGCCUUUGGCAAAAAAGUCCAAGCUGGGUUCCUAAAACUUGGCCCCGAAUCGGGCGCUCCCAGCCCAGGGACGCGAACUCAGUCUGCGCAGAGAAGCAUUGCUUCCAGCCAUUCACAGAAACAAACAGUCCAGUAAAAAAGGAAUCAAAAGUAAUAAUAAUAAAAAAAAAACAAAUAAUCGCGGUCCACGGUUUUUGGUGGGCGCGUCAAGGCGCAGAGAGGGAACGGACCCCCGACGGCGAUCUCGCGCACAGUUCCGACGUAUCCAAGUGCCAAUCUGAGGAGCCACGGAGGGGUGGGACCGUGCCCCUCUCACACGAACCGAGAGGCAGCGUCAGAGCGGGGGAGGGGGGAGGGGGGAAUGCAAAAACUGAUGCCCGAAAGGGCCGGACCACACUCUGGACCCCCCCUCCCAGGGUUAAAUGACACAGCAGCACCCCCCCCCCGCCCAACUCCACAAAAUCCAGAACCGCCCUCUGCUGGCGUGUCCCGUCACAGCGGACUCCACUCUACCUUUCUUUUCUGCCACGUGGGGUUUUUUUCUUUUGCCCCCCCCCCCACACAAUUGUUUCUUUUUCUGACUCAGACCAAGCUGAGAGGACUCUGGGAGGCGUGCCACGUCUCCAUCACUCAGCAGACCCCCCGCCCCCAAUGCCAGCAGUCAACUUCUUUCCUCCUCCUCAUCCUUUCUCUUUUUUUUUUUUUAAGGAAAGAGACCUGCCUUUAAAUAUUCAGACCAUUAUCAGUCGCACUAGAUCAGAUUUUAAAAACCUCUAUUGAGGGAGUAGUUGAAAAGUAGCCACUCUUUUACCCCUCUUAUUGUUUUGCCCUAUGAAACUGCAGACUUCAGAUAAGUCACUCCUUCUUUAUUAAAGAAGAGUGGCGUUCUAGAUGUGAUCAUUUUUGUCAUAUCUUUUGCUUUUUUUUUUUUUCCUUUUCACGAGUGUACACUUAGUUGUUGAGCAUAUUGGGGACCAUUAAAAAAGAUCUUUGAUGUAAUAUGACUUCACCAUUGUGCUGGUGCCUGCGUUGUGUUUAAGUUUUUUGUCAGUUUCAAGGUGCUUCAGGUGUAAUGAGUUCACUAAGAAUACAAACGCAUCCAGUAGCAAUAUGUUUUUUUUUUUGUGACUACAGUAUUUUAUAUUUUGAAUUAAAAAAAAAUCAAAUGCUGUACUCUAUAAUAGAAACGCCCAAUAAGCUACUAAGGUCUUGCUGUAAUUCCAAAGGGUUCCAAGGUGAUGGCAGUAUUCUUGAUGGAGUUUAUUUCUGGAAGUGGUGCAUUAUCACACUUUAGGGCCAAUCUGCAUGACAUGUCCAACAGAAGGCCGUUUUUGGUUUUAUUUGUCUUGACCCACGUUUUUAGCCCUACCCUACGGGACGCAGUGCCUUGUAAUGACAUAAUACUGAUCUGUCGUGCAACGUCUCACUUUCCCCAUGGCCUGUAUUUCUGUUCUCUCAGUCCUUUGGAAGCACAAAACAAAGUGAUUUAGUUGUCUUUCACUUUAUGUAGUUCCCUGUGUUUCUUUGCUUUUGGAGAAGAGCUUUCCAGAAAGAAAUAUCUAUGAUAUUCACAGGGUGAUGUUCUGGAAAUAUAAAAUA